AUGGGACGAGUCCUGGAACACCUCGACAUGCUGAAGCUCGCGAGGAUAGCGGUCGUAUAUAUCUUCUCCGAGCUGUUGAUUCUACGGCGUGUGAGGGUUGGAAUUGGGCUCUUCUUCCUCGGUUUGCUGGCACAAGCGAUAAUGCAUCGACAGAAACUUAUGGUGAUAUCCAUGCUGGUGAUAUGCUUCUACCGCUCGCAGCUCAAAGAGCGCGCUCUACGCUAUGCACAAGACUGGAUACAGACAUCGAGAGACAAGUUGGGCGCUUUCACGUGGAUGCCGCGGGUUGUUUUCGUAAUUCCAAUCUUCAUGAAGGUGUUUGGGCAUCUGAAGUUUAUGCUGUUCUUGCAGCAAGAUGUGCGUUUAGCGGGAUUCGUGCUUGCAGUGGCAGCUGCGUUGGUUGCCAACGCGCUGCGUACUAGCGCUGGUCAGCAGGCGAAGCUGUGGGGUAUAGGAAGGCGCCUAAAGCUCGCUGCGUAUCUCACGACGAUCGCGUACUGGGUGGUUUGGCGAGGAAAAUUGGCUGAUAUGACAAGACUGCUUGGACCGGCUUUCAUUGAUGCAGGCGGUGUCGUGCUGGGCUCUGUUUCAUCGUCGGAGAUACAGGAAGUCUGUCGUCGCGCUUUCAAAAAGCUUUACAAUAAUGUGGUGAAUGAGAUCCAAGCCGACGUCGACCUAGACGCGUGGUUUCUUUUGGGUUUGGGUAACUGGGUUGUCGAAUACUGGCAGCAGCCUACUGACUUUUCAUUGGAAAUGCUGUCGAAGAUGCUGACGGAAUGCCUCGACUCCAUGGAGAAAGCAGCGGUGCGAACAUUCAGCCCCGAGUUACGUCACUUGCGAAGCCAACUCAAGAAUAUGAACAUCACUGACGAACUACAACUACUGGUCGCAUACUUGAAGCAGAGCCUCGAUCGUGUUCCACCUCCGAAGCCGUUCGGCAUGGCAUCAUUAUUCACCAAAACGUGUCCGUCAUUCGUGGCUUUCGCGCUUCUUGUUGUUUUUUACGGAGUCAUUUCGCUGCCGUUGUUGCCGUUUGUUGCAUCUGAGUUUCAAGACGCAAGAGAUUUGUACGACCGCUACUGCACUGGAAGUCUGCAGGAAAAGGAUGGGCUGGAACUUAUGCUGCUAGACUCGCCACUCUUCCACGUCUGGACAAAUAUGAAGGGCUGCAUUUACUGCCUUGAAGGUAGCGUCACGUUUUCAAAGGCGGUGGCAACGGGAACGCAAAUUGUAUCGGCAGCAGCCAGAAUCAGUCGGCUGGCAGUUUUCGCGUCUCGCGUAAAGAGUGGCGGUGUUUUCGCAAAUGCCCACGACGUUCCGGAUCAUAUCGCGAAUGCGUUCCUCGUCACGAAAGACUCGAGUUUAAUCAUUGAUGGAGUGAGGUAUCUCCGUGACAGCACACACUUUCAGGAUUUACAGGCUUCAAUUGCAAACUGGUGGUCGGGAGGGCGAGCAAAGGAAGCGACGAGCUAG